GUAUAUGAUUUGGCAUAUUGCUCUGUUGUCUACAUACAUGUAUUUGGCCAAAUAGUUGCGAUAUUCUUUACAUGAAUGGCAAAAAUUUAUUAAGGACAUCUAACUUCUCUGUAUUUGCGGCAAAUGAUCCUCAGGUCAAUUCUGUCCGCAUGGGAAGAAAAACACAUAAAUGUUGUGUUAGUUAUCAGCUGAUUGAUGGGCAUUGUUGGCCCAGUGACACAGUACCGUAUUAUAUUCCACUCAAAUUUACACUUUUUGUAGGAGGCUAAGGAAGGUGAUGCUGAAAGAAUAAGAAUCAUGAAAAUGGUGAAGGUAUGGUAAUGAUUUUUCAAGGCCACACAAGAAAUUUGUUUUUUUUUUGCAUCACCUUGAAAGCUGUUGCUAUAAUCAGUUAUUUUUUUACAAAGUAAAGAAAACUUUGAACUGAAGUUUUGACAUAUUUUAUGACAUCAAACAGAAAAAGUCAAGGUAGUUUAAAUUUCACUAUAUAGUGACAGUGACUUUUUUGUAUAUUUAUUGUUUUAAAAUCUUAGGAUCAGACUCUAGUUUUGUGUCAGUUGGUAAAAAGGCAAAAUGAAAUCUAUGGCCAUUUAAGAGAUUGUAUUUAAGAUGAAAUUCAGCCAAAAAGAAAAACUUUUAAACCUAAAGGAGAAGAAUCAAACCUUAGCAAGAAACAGAAACUAGAGACCUUUCUGUCUUUUAAACUCGUUAAGUUUAAUUGUGUUCUUACAUUUUCAAGGAAGGACUAUUGUCUGUUGAAGAGGCUAUGGAACAAGCCAAAACUCUAGGAGUAAUGGCUUCUACUGAGCCUGCGGGUGACGAAAACAGUGAAGAAAAGAUCUUUAACUUUGGAGUUUAUAAAUAUGGCAGAGACAAAACGAGUCUUUCAAGAAGAAUUUUACAGGUACAUCUUUUAACCCUAACACCAAUGCACAUACAUGUAGGGUGAAUUUCACUGAGAAAUUAUUAAAUUCUUGAUUUUGGGUCUUCCACGUUGAAUCCUAGAUCCAAACAAAUUUUGGGCUGGGGUUUGUUACUUGAAGUCCAUGUGGACAAUAAGGAUUACUGUUUGGUAAAAUCUGUUUUUGGAUUUAUUUUUCAAUAUGCCCCCAUAUUCACCACACUUCUGUCUAAAAUAAUUUGUCUUGUAAAUUGGCAGUAGUGGAAAUUAGAAUUUGAAUAAGAGAUACAAAAUGAAAUUAUGCAAAUUUUCAUAAGCAGGUUUUAAAAGUUUGUUUAAAAAUGUUUCUCUGUAUUUCUUGGAAAAAGAAUACAAAUAAAUGACAUAGAAUUUGUUUCCUUUUAGUUUGACUUUCAGGAGAAAGUUCUCUGCAUAAUCCAAAAAGGAAACAGAAACAAAAAGUUUGCAUUUACAGACCUGCGAGGUUUUGACAGUGAGGUAAGUGUUGGCCUGUGAAGAGUCCUCUGGUGUGAUAGUUACACAGGCAUGUCCCUCGCAAGAGGGUACAGUUUUGAUUUUGAAGUAUUUUGGGACAAAAGGGGUGUGUGCGUGUGUGUAAGGCAUGGAGGGGAGGCGGGGGAGCGGGGGUGCAGAGGGACUGAAGGGGUAGGUAUGGAUGUGUAUACAUCACCUGAAUGGAGGAUGUCAUUUAUCUUUCUUCUUCUCAGUUGACUUUCAGUAAACAUAACUGUAAAGGUUACCUUUCUGUGGUGUCUCUCGAUUAAAAUCCAAGCUCUUCAUCUGUUUCAAUAUCCCUUCACAAAAGGCAGGGCCUAUUAGAAAUCAGUGGGUACUUUCCAUUUAUGUGAGAAAAUCAAAAUUUCCAGUUGGAAAAUCAAAUGAUUUGUGCCAUUCAAUUUGGGAAGCCUCAGAAAAUAUAGGCUGUGAUUUGAGGCGAUGAAAAAUUUCUACUCUUUCAAGCCUGUUGAUUUUGUAGUGGGUUGUUCUCCCACCGAGUCAAAAUUUGUAGUUUUAUGUUUAUGAACAAGAUUUCCACCUGGGUGGUUUGUGUACAUGUAAAUAGGAAAUACCCAGUAUCUCACUACAGGACUGGUAUAAAUUUCUUAAUUUGGUUUGAAUUUUAGGAUGGUGUACGGUUUUACAUUUACUUUGAUAGCGACUACGAACUUGAUGCUGACAGUGUGGAAGAGAAAAAUAAGGUCAGUAUAUUGGGACUUCAUUUCACUUCUACCACACCUGUGGUGCACUUGAUUUGUCAAUGUAAAAAUCACUGGGUCACCCUUCUCGUUAGACAAACCAGAAAAGUUGUUGGAUGUACAUUACGUUGACUCUUAUUUUUUUUGAUAUCUGUGCAAAUCUUCUGCUACAAAUGUCUCUAGUGUUUGAUCCAUCCAGUGUUUGUGUCUAACUGUAGUUAGGAGUUCAUUGGCAUGAGCACUUUUUAGUUGAAUAUUGUCUGAUGACUGACAGUUAUUUGUAGGCCUGCCGUGUUGUAGCCCUUGAAUAUUUCUUUUUUUUGUUAAAAUCCCAAAAAGUAAAUCGUGGCUUGGAACCAUUUUGCAAGAGAGACAGGAGAGAGGUUCUUAUGUCUGGUAACAUCUUCAUCUAUUGAUUGAAAGUGUAGAGUGAUACAUAAAUUCAUCAGUAAUUUUGCCAGAAUUAAUUUGGUCUUGGAGGGAGAGGGUUAAUAUUUGCCUGGACGUAGAAACAAUAAAGAUUAAUGUGUAAUUAUCUUCUUUCUUUCUGAUUAAUGAAUGUUUCCAAUAAACUUAAACUGCUUAUUUCUUGUUAGGCAGCAUUAAAUUAAUAUUGGACUGUGUUGCUCUAAGCUAAACAGUUUUUUUCAUUUUUGAUAACAGAUUUGUCAUUUGCUGGAAUCCAUUGUACAGCAGAACCAAGGAGAUCAACCAGAUGGUAAGCCCAUUUCUUUCCCCGGCAGUUCAAAAUGGCACAUAAUAAUAAUGCUUGUAAUAAUAAUAAUGAUAAUAUUAAGUUAUUAUUACCAAAAAACAGUUUUAUUGUCAAUUUUCAGAUUUUAGAAGUACUAUAAAACUUAUAAAAAUCCAAAAGAGGUCCCAGUGGAUGGCUAAUAGUAAUAAUAGAAAUAGUUGUUAAUAAUAAUAAUAUUAGUAAUAAUAACAACAACAAUAAUAAGUUGACUCCUGGAAACUCAAACCUUCUGGGUAAAUAAAAAGUUUGAGUUAUCAGGAGUUAGAGUUAUGGGGAGUCCAAAGCGCAUACAAUGUAGCCAGAAAUAAGGAAAUAAUGAAGGGAAAGGAAUACAACUAUCAUGUACACUUCUCUUCAAGGGCAGCAAGAUAUAUAUUAUUGAUAUUUUGUAAAAGGAAUUAAAGCAACAAAGCUUGAAAAAUAUACAGGGAUGGACACUGUGUGUUAACUUGACUGACAAGAAAGUAGAGACAAAGACUACAGUAGCGAGGUUUGAGGUAUUGGGAGUCGACUACAAAAAAUGAUAAUAACUAUAAUAAUAAUGAAAAACGUCUCAUUAUAUCAAAUUGUUUGGCUAAGGGGGUUGUUAGUGGUAGCCUAAUCUUGGUUGAUUCCAUGUUUUAGGAGAAUUUGUUGCACCAUCACUUGACACUGCGAGGAUCAUCAAAGAAGGGCAAAUUGAGAAGAAAGGCCAUAGUGCGGCAUUUAUGAUGUGGCCAAGGUAA